AUGACCGCGGCUUCCUCUUCGACUUCCUCCCCGAGUUACUACAAGAAAAGGAACAUGUCUGCCUGGGUCUGGGUCGCCGGUUUGGGCGCAACUGCCUUCUUCGGACGUGCAGCGCUCGUCGCAUUACGGAAAUCAGGCGGUGGCGCGGGGGCUCUAGGCCGUGGUUUCUACAAAGGCGGUUUCGAGCCAAAGAUGACAAGAAGAGAAGCUGCACUGAUUCUGGAGAUGCCAGAACGAGGCGUUACAAAAGAGCUACUACGAAAGAAGCAUCGAUCACUCAUGUUGAACAACCACCCCGACCGAGGCGGUAGCCCAUAUCUGGCAACCAAGGUCAACGAGGCAAAGGAGAUGUUGGAAAAAGAGAUCAAGUAG